AGCAAGGUAGAAUUUGUAUUCAAGGCAGCCAAUUGUGCUAGUGCAAAUAUUAAGAUAAGUGAAGAUCUUGGUUUCCUAGACCUGGGGAGAAUCGAUCAAGAUUACAUAAAAGACCCGGACUUACGUGAAAUAUUGGCCAAUACAAAACUGGACAUCAAUAAAGCAGAAGUCUUUGAAGACAAAAAGCUGCGUUUGAUAACCUCAGUAAUUUACAGCGAGCGAUUUGAGAUUAAAGGCAACAGAAAGAGCGAGGUAAAUUUACCCUUUGAUAACUACCCUAAAUGAUAUCAUAUAGAGAAGCAAAGGGUACAUAAAAGGGGGUAGCACGUCCCAGACCGCCCUCCCCCCCCCCCCCCCCCUCCUAGGUAGCUCGCGCCUUGCGGCGCCAAAAAAAUUUCGCGUCCAGUGUUCGCCACUUGUCGAAAACCCUGGACUUAUCAUAUUGAGCUCGAAGUGAGUGAACUCAACUGUUGGUGGCAUGUUAUGACGAGAGGUAUGGGGAAGACUGGUGAAAUAACUUUUCUUCUUGAUCUCCGCGCUUUUGAGUCUGAAAUAGAAAUAUAGCCAAAUGAGCCUGGGUUAAAAUGUUUGAAGUCUGUCUGUGCCUGCCAUGACCGGUUGUACAAUAACUUUUCCCUUUCCCCUUUUGGCGACAUUUUGCUGUGUUUCAACAAUUUGAAUUUGUAGCGUAAGGAGCCAUAGCAGAAUAGCCUGAUGUGAUGUGCCAAGAGUACUCUUUAGAAAUACUCGUCCAAAAUUGCGCCAAAAUUAAUAUUUUAACCCUGAAAUAUUGCUUCUGUUGGUUGCCUGUGUACCUUGUUGUUGUGUAUAUCGCUUCUGUUGGUUUUGUUGGUUAUUUUCUGUUUAUUGGUGACUUUAUUCGUUGUUAUUUGUAUUAAUUUCGAAGAUGGACGUGGACGGCGAAGUCAAUAUUCCCGUGCACCCUUUGGCACAGCUAAAGGGAAAAUUUAAGAAGAGCAAUAUUCCCCCAAAGAUUGCUAGUAGGAACACUCGUGGACCAUUCCUUUUCAAGUGUUGCCGUGUUAUUUAUAACAAGGAAGAAAACCGAUUGGAGCUUCCGAAAGGAGAGGUAGUCGGCAAAAAUGUUUUCAGAGGUGAUGAGGACGACGAGGACGAUGAGGAAUAUAAAAACUCAGCAGUAAGCCUGGAGGAGGGGGAAGAAACCAAUUUGACAGGUAUAAUUAAUAAUGUUUUUUAAACAACACAAGGGUUUUAGUUUAUAUAUAUAUUUCGUAUAUACACACUCAGUGAUCUUGGUGAUUUAAGCAAUCUGAUUGGUUCGCUAUCUCGGACUAUUCAACAAUAUUCACCUCCUAGCGAGUGGAUAAUGUGUGAGCUCGGUGUUUUUCCCAUUUUUUAGAGAACGAUCUUUUAAAAGUCGACAGAAUCCUAGGGCUGACUUUUUUUAAGACAAGUAAAGACCUGGAAGGAUUCAAUACGGCGUUUUUCAAUUUACUGUCGCUGAGUUUUGUGCUCGAUGGAUUGUUUACAACUCCCGUGUAUUCACGUAGAAGAAGCCGUUUCGUGAACUCAGCGUUUUCUAACAGGAAAAUUUUGGCUCAAAAUCGAAGUCCUGAUGUUUCCCUCGACUUCGUCUCAGGAAACAUCAGGACUCUCGGGAAAACUAAACUAACUGGUUUCCCGAGGGAUCUGACAUAUAUACCCGCAUGGAUGCAUUGACUACAGGCAAUUAACUGUUUAGCAGAAUUACAUGCAAAACUGAUGUCUUGGUGCGAAUAUUUCCACGCCCUAUCCGUGAUUAAUCAAAGGCUUGCCAGAUUACUGGGUCGCAGUCAUCUUCCAACACACACCCACAUCAUCCUUAAAAUCCUCCUUCUUGACUUUGCGAACUUUGUCUGUAAGAACAAUAUUAGGUCCCUCAACAUGCAACAACUUCAGGUUUUACAAAUAUAAAGGUCCACCAAUCCAUUUAAGUUAUUCUUGAUAUCCCAAUGGGCUCAUCUGAUGUUAAAUCUCUUUUAGUCUGAGCUGUAUUAAGACCUAUUAAUGAGUCAGUACCUUUUGUAAAGAAAGCCGCGAAAAGCAGUAGAUUUACUGAAAAAAAAAAAAACACUGUCUUAACGGGCUUUGAAGUCUACUUUCAAAACGAUCUACGGUGGGACAGUUUGGCUUUUUCCAUUCCAUUCAAAUCUUUUAAAUUUAAAACCAGUCACUGACUAAGAACACUAGACUUCCCAGAGCUGCAUAUAACUCCGUUAGAUUUUAAGAGUGUCAGCAUCAGCAUUUUGCGAAACUUCAUCAGACAAUCGAAGACAGACAUUUCCAAGUCAUGUAUUUUUGCGCAAGGUUAAAGAUAAUAUUAAAACAAUUUCACACUCCUGUCUAGUUUUUUGCGACAAGUGUUGAUGGCCUACCAGACUAGAAGUCUCUAUUUUGGUCUAUCGGCCCAAUUUGCAUAAAACCUUGAAAGAGCAAAAUUCGAACAUAAUUCGAGCCGUUUCUGGUUGAGUGGCGUCAAGUCGUUAUCACGCAACGAUCUGAACGAUAGCUAACUUGUUGUUAUGAUUGAGUGUGAUUGAUGAUUAAUAAAGAAUAGUAGGGAACAAUAGCAGUUUAUUUCAAACCCAACUGAAAAAGCCACGCGAACGUUUUUCAUACCUCUACAACGCAAAGUUGAAUUAAUAGACACUAAAUCAUAAACCCAAUCAGGGUCGUAACUAUCAAAUCCAAGAUGUAGAAAAACCUUUGGCGGGCAAGAAUUAAUACCAAAUAACUACUCUCUAACACCUUAGAUUCUUUCACAAGUGAGGAUAGUGCAAAGCUGGAGGAUAUAAAGGAGUCAGUGUUGAAACCUACCAAGAACAGAGAGGAGCGUAAAGAACGGGUCAAAAAGUACCUGCAGUGGGUAAGAACAAUUACAGCAAAUAAUCAAGAGCUCAUAACCCGGAGAGUAAACAUGACUCCCAUGAGAUAACUCUUCGCAAUCGCGUUAUCACAGAUCAAGUUAUCUUCAGUAUUAUUUCGGAGUACUUUUCCUUUAAAUGUCAUAAAACAUCAAAGACAUUUUUUUUUGGCCUCCACUUAUUACUGACUGAUUUUUUAAAGACUUUUUUGAUAGUCAGAAAUUGCGGGAAAUCGAUCUAAAAUAAACUAAUAUGUGAAAACUCCGUUACGUUGAAGGGAGCUCCAGGGGUAUAAGCCUUCAUGGUCACACACAAAUCAACUUAAGGGAGAGAAACUGAAAAUAGGGCAAAAGUCAGAUAUCAGUGAGAAGCCACUCCUUGAUUCAAUUCACAUGAGUCAAGUCAUUUCACGAUGUACAAUGGUCUUCAAUGCUUACUAGUGAAAAAAUUUGAAUAUUUUAUACAUUAGGUUUUGACGUUUGAAAAGAAGUCCCUACAGUCGAAAUUCUCGUGUGGGCCACCCCGACUUAAUUCAUGGAUCCACCCAAAUUAGAAAUGUCACCUCUUGUUAACUGAUACAAACGUCGAUCUUUUAACAAUUUAAUGACUUCAUUGAAGAGAUUAGGUUCGCCGGGUAGAUGAAGAGUUCGACUGGACUUCUGUACUUACCUUUUUACUUACUAUAAUUGCAGUUUGUAGACGCGCUGACAACAGGCCAGAAAAGGUUGCGUCUUGAUGAGCCUCUUACUGAUGAAGAUUGCCAGUUUCUUCGAAGCAUUUUUGUGCCCGCCAUUAAGAAUCAGUCAAUUUUGUCUCUCCCAAAAAAUUUUGACGAAGAAAAGAUUCAAGGAUACGCAAUUGUUUUGAAGUUUAUUUCUGGUAAGAUCCUGCCUGUUUGCACAAAUAUUUUCUUUGCAAUAUUUACUAUUUUGCUAUCCUGGUAAAAUCAGGAUUGAAUGAACAAAUCAAAAGAAGAGUCAUGACGGUAUAAUAGUUAUUAAAUGAGGCAAAGUAUGACAUGAAUGAUAUUGAACAAUUAAUGCAGAUUGAGAUAGGUGUUAUCCAACCCCGGACCUAUGGCCGAGGUGGAUAACAACCUCCGAGAUCUGAAUGAUUCGUCAUAUCAUAAGAAAGCCGAAUCUGAUUUUGUUGUUGUUGUUAUUUUUUCAAAAUAUUUUCUCUGAAGUUCUUUAACAUCCUUACCUCCCCACAGGCAUUCUUUUUUAUGCAGAUACUCCUAAAAUAUUUUUAUGAUUAGAAUACUCACGUUGUAUAAAUGUUUACUAGACGAUUCUGUUUAUAAAUACUACGAGAAUUAUGAUUUGUCGUUCUUGAUCAUACAAAGGGCCAUCUCGUAAGAAUGUACUAACAUAAGUUUAAGUAUAAGAAACUGGUGAUCACCAGACUAAGGCAAUAAUGUCCAUAUUUUUGUGACUAUAAGUAUGAACAAAAAUAUGGACAUUAUUGCCUUAAAAAAUCUUCAUUCCUCACACACAUCAUAGUUAGUCAAGGAGACUGGUUAUGAAAGCCGGCAAACAUCAAAGGUGAAAACAACGGUUCGGUAGUUUAUUUCCGAAGCUUCCUGCUGACCAUGCACAAUCCUAUCGCGCAGUGGUGAGAGCACUCGCCUUCCACUAAUGUGGCCUAGGUUCAAUUCCCUGCGUUGAAGUCAUGUGUGGGUUGAAUUUGUUGUUGGUUCUCUCCCUUUCUCCGAAAGGCUUUUCUCUGGGUGAUCCGGUUUUCCCCUCUCCUUAACAACCAACUCUUCCAAAUUCCAAUUAGAUUUGGAAGGCACGGACACUUUUCAACCAGUUCUCUUGAACUCCUAAGCGCUCCGUGGGUAAACAAAUUACUUGCAUUUUUUUUUUCACGGCAAAUUAUGACUAAAUUAAAUAAAUUAAUGCGACGUUUCUAUUGGUCACUAAGUUCAAAAUAAUAAGAAUGCUACUGAACGUUAGGCACGCCAGUCAUGUCCAAAAAAGCAAACAAAAAGUGAUAUAACAGCGGGUUUUAUAACCAUUUCACUUUAAAUUAGUGACUAAACGUGCGCAUACUUGCAGGGUCAGUUUGUCGUUAGAUUAAUUGUUAGCUUAACCUGAACUGAUUUUGUUAAAAAGAAAUCUAUGUUCCAUCUUGAUUCCAUACUCUAGACUUGUCUGAGGAAAGCUGGGAUGAAAUAGAGAAAGCUUGGGCUGAGAAGGAAGAGCAUUUGGAAGACAACAAAUGA